AUGCUAGCGAGUGCAGCAUCUCGUAAGAAUGCCUUGAAGGUAGUGCAACCCUCUUUGAACUUUGUUCGUGGGAAAAGAACUAAAUCGAAAGGUGGAUUAAAUCCUCAAGCGCAAAGAAUCAUUACACAACUCUCUGUUAUGUCUGCUAGCAGGAAACAGCCAAAACUUUUAAAACUUUCCCGUGAAGAUUUGAUCAAACAUGAUAUGAUUCAAGCUUGUUGGGCGCAAUAUCAAAGGGAACUGAGGGAAAAGAGAACAAAUCUCUUGAAACUACAGUACGAGAAUAUAGAAGAAGCUAUGAACUUAUUAGAACAGGUAGAUCCCGAACUAUAUGAAAUGGCUAACGCUGAAGAAUCAGGUAAGAGGGUCCCAUUGGAACUAAGGGUACCUACUCAAUACCCACCGAACAAUGUGUGGUAUUAUGAUUACAAGAAAAAGGAUUGA